UUGAAAGCGAAGGAUCACUAAUACAGCCCAUGAUGACUAUUUGUACUUUAGCGAUCUUGGCAUUGAUGCUUUUGGUAGACAGCUCAUUGGAAGAGACACCAGAAACAUCUGUGAAGCAGUGGCAAACCGACGGCUGUGAUGCAUUCGCUGAUAUUGUGCUUAUAAUAGACUCCUCGGACAGUGGGCGCAAGGACAACAAGAAGCUCAACACGAUUUUACGCUUCAGCGCUGACCUCACGGACACGUUUAAACUAGGGGUGGACUACGCCCAGAUUGCAGCCGUUGUCUACAGCAACACGACCCAGAAACAGCUGGAUCUUAUUCAGAUAACAGAUCAUGCCCAGCUCAGGAAAGCUAUACUAGGUUUGACGUCAUUCAACGGGUCAGAUGAAGCUAAACCUUACCAUGGCCUUGACCUUAUAGCGGACAUGUUCAGGCCUGAUUUGGGAGGACGCUAUAAUGCUGGGAAAAUCGCAGUUCUGAUAAUGGCCAAAGCUUCUGAUAUUCCAGAUUACACUAGAAACUCAGCCAAGAGACUACAGGACCAGGGCGUCGCUGUUCUAGUGGUCGCCGUGGGCAAGCCACUGUGGCAGGAACCUGUCAUUGCUGAGAGUAAUAGCAAAGAUGUCUUCCUGGUGGAGAAACUUGGUGACCUCAGCAAAGUCCGAGACCGUAUCACAUCCAGGAUAUGUGAAGGAAGAAUAAAGCUGUCCAAUUUUACAACAAAGAAUCCACACGAUCUGAAAUAAUUUCUUUAUCGUAAAUUUGUAUUUGUAUUAUUUCGCAAUAAAAGAAUCUAAUUUUAAA